ACUGUGCUGGAGUGUGAAGCCAGUCAUGGGCAUGGCCAAACCCUGUGCCCCAACCUAAUGAUGUCUGAAUUGAUUUCUACGCUAAAAGGAAGAUACCAAAGGCACAUAAGAGUUCUGGAAAACAUUGAGACCACUGCACAUUUUAAAAUACCAUCUCCACAUGGACUAUGGCAGCAAUUUCAUUGGAGUCUGUUGAAUUCCAACACCGUAAUAUUGUACUGGAUGAGGUACUGAUUAGGUGAUCACCUAAACGUGCGAGGACAGUUCAGAACAGGCUCAUAGGGGCAGGGCUGAAGUUGUGCAAAACUAGAAAAUAGCCCUUCAUCACUAAGAAGCAAAGAAGAGCCAGGCUCAGGCUGAGCUGCUUUUCAAAACAUGGUGGUGCUGCCCUGUACAGGAUACGGUGGUCUGUCUAGGGCACUAAUACUGCAUGGUUUCGGAACUAAUGUGGUCAAUGCCAGGACAUAUUCUUCCCUCAGAGCCACUUCUAAACCACGGCUGUCACUCUACAGAGAAUACUCAUUCUCCAAAGCUAGGCAAGGAAUUGGACGAGAAGUAACGACCAGGCUUCAGUCGGUUAAUGAAAAGUAUGAAGGCUUCCUUAAAAGGCGUUUUCCCCGAUUUUACGUGCUCUAUCACACCUUUGUGAAAGGUUUCCAGCUGCUUUUCCAAGAUGCUAAUGAGGUAAAAAUGAUCAAAAUUAGGAUGAUUACUCAAAAUAUCCAAGUGCAGGACCUGCCCUAUCGGGAUAUGGAGAAACUUAGGAAGUUUCGCAGAGACUUGAUCAAAGGGAUUCCACUGGUGAUGAUCUCUAUUCCUCCCUUUGCCAACUACCUGGUUUUUUUUCUUAUGUACAUUUUCCCUCGUCAGCUCCUGAUCCCCCAGUUCUGGACACCCCAGCAGCAGGCUGACUUCCAGGUAGUGUACCACUCACACAGGGCCCAGCACUAUGGGGCUGUGCUACAGACACUUAAAAUGGCAGGUUCCAAUACCAAAGAUGGACUCCUUCAAAGAAGCCUUGAAGACCUCUGUUCCAAGGUGCAAAGGGGAGUACACCCCAAUUGGUCUGAAAUCCUUUCAUUACGAGGCUUGUUUUCUGGACCCCCACUGGAAAUUAAUAGACUGAGUGCAGAUCAUAUGAGACAUCUCAGCCCCGUGCUUUUCCUGACUCAUCGCCUCCCAUAUUUUCUGAUCGGUCAUCGUCUGAGAAGCCACAGCUUGGAGCUGCUGCAGCUUGACCGUGCUCUCAGUAAACUAGGCCUCCACCAGCUGAGUGACUCUGAACUGAGACAGGCUUGCUACACAAGAGGACUCAAUUCCGACAUGCUGAGCCUAAACCAGCGCCGUGAAUGGUUGUCAAACUGGCUUCAGCUAUCUACUCGUCUAAAAGAAUCUGAGAUCUCGCUGCUUUUACACAGCAUGGUUUUGCUCUCCGCUAACUACCCAAAGCACAACUGCCACUGAUUGGAAGUAAACUGACAAGCGAUUUCACACAUGCUUGAUGGGGCAACAAUUGGUUUAAAUCUUGGCUGUAUCCAAAGGAAGCAUCACUCCAGUUAAGCAAUAGGCAUGUCUCAUAUUCAGAAGGCUAAACUUGAAUGCUUAUGUAGAACAAAUGGUGAUUGUGAGAAAUGUUAUGAGCAAAAUUUGCAAUAUUCCAGACCAGGCAUCAUUUCAGUCAGGGAUACAAAGAUUGAGAACAGGUAGUGUUGUCAAAACAGUUCAUGCCAACAAUACAUGUGUCCUGUUAAUGUUCAGUGUGUCACAUGAAUCAGAAAGAUUUGUCAGGACACAUUCCAAAGUGCAUUUAGGUCACAUGUAUCACUCAGAACACAGCUAGUCUUGCAGGUUUUGUUGUUGUUGUUGUUGUGAAAUUACUAUGUUUUGCAUUCCUAUGAAUUUCCUUCAGCUUUUGAUAUUUUCAUACUGAUGUGGCCUUCCAAUUCUCUAGAUCACAAUCCUAAUUGUUAAUUAUACGUGGCUUUGUUAGCACUUGGACAGUCACUUUGAGGUUGCUCUGCUCUUGGGUUAGACAAUGAGUGAUAUUUUGAGAAAUGUUUUGUUUUACCAACCUGUAACUACUGCAUAUCUGAAAUAGUGUGUUUAUCGCUGCUUUACCCAAAAUAACUGCAUUGUUUGAAAAAUUAUCGAUUGUCAGUAUACAUUGUUUGACAUUUUGCUAUCAGAUAUAUCAUGUUUUUUGCCCCAGGUUAUUGUUUAAACAAAACUUAAGAUGGAUAUGUGUUGGUGUGGUUGAGUAAACUGAAAAUCGGUGGCCUUCUGGUUUUAUUGAAAUCAUAUUUGGCAGGAGCUACCUUUUAAUGAGAAAAAAAAUCUUGACGUAAAAAGACAAACUUGGAAUGUAAUUGAAAACCUUUUAAUAAAAAUUAAGUAUCUAAGUAAAUCGUAAAUUCCAAAGAUUUAACACACAAAUGAGUGGAUAGAUUAUAUUAUAUAGGUUAUUAAAUACAGUUGAAAAAACAUCCAACAUUUAUUGGGAUAUUCGUGGUGUAACAGGACCACAUUUGUUUAUAGUAAGAGGAAGAAAGCAGUAAAUGUAGAUUACAAAACCAGCUUUAUAAAUGUACAGUUUUUCUCAAUUGUUAAGUAUUUUUUCAGGGGUCCAUCUUAUCUCAAGCACAAAUUUUCAUUUUCACAUUGCUUUCACUCACACUACAAAAUCUAAGCACGUCAAAAAAAAAAUGGUUAGUGUCAAAUGAUACAAAACACAGAACUGCGACCCUCUUCUGUGAGCAAAAAGUUUUGCAUAAUUAAACCAGCAAUCAGUACUCAUUCAUGCAUACCAGGUAGACUGCAAGGUCAACUGCUUUUUAUUUGUAUUAGUAUAUACAGAGGGCAGAUAAGAAUUUGUAAUGACUGAUGGGAAAAAAACCUUGUCAUUAGAUUUAUGUUUUGAUUAAGGUCGUUGACUUUGUGUCAUGUAUUUUAUUUGUUCUGUGUUGAUUUUAAAGAAAAAAAGUUGUUUGGAAAAAUGUGCUUGAGCAUUUGAGAAAAACUGUAAAUGUAUUCCAUUUGACAAAAGGAACACCAUCCCGUGAAGUUGUCUUGAG